AUGGCGGUGGCAGACGUACUGGUUGGUGCUUUAUCCAUGCCGUUAACCGCUACUGUUGAUUUAUUGACUGCUCAUCAAACGCUUCUGGAUCAUGUCUGUAUAUUUCACCUCGUUGGCUUAGCUGCGAUGUAUUGUGCUGGUGGGACAGUCGUGCUUCACUCGGCAUUCAUAGCCUGGGAACGAUUCUUGGCUGUCAAGAAAUGGAGGGUAUACAAAGUGAUUGUGACACAACGCCUUAUGAAAAAACUUGUCGUGGUCGCUUGGAUGCCUGCGGCAAUCAUAGCAACACCAUACGUAAUGAUUGGGGCUGGUGUAGAUCUUAAAGUAUAUGAAAACUUAGCUCUGAUACGGGGUAUUGGUUAUGUUUUCUUCAUCGUGUUAAUCACAUAUUUUAACACUAUGGUGUACCUUGAGUUACGUAAGCGAAAAAGAAUCAAAACCCUUAAGGUUAACUCUCUAAUCAAAGAAAAGUUGGACUCUAAAGUUGCUAAGAUGACUGUUUUGAUGACUUGUGCAAUGCUUUUCUCGUUUCUUCUUCCAGAGGCGUGUCUCUGGUUGGGAUAUUUGUUCCCAGUCUUUCGGAAAAACUCGGCUUU